AUGACAUCUCUGAAGAUGAAAGUGACAUAUCUAUCCCUGGUGCUCUUGGGAGCCCUGUGUCUGUAUUUCAUCAUAUCCAAACUCACCUCAAGUAAAGAAAAGCCAUAUGUAUUCAAGAAAGGAGAUGGGAAGUUUCUCCAGCUCCCAGAGAUAAACUGUAAGCAAAAUCCCCCCUUCUUGGUCCUGCUGGUGGCCUCGGCCCAGGACCAGGUGUUGGCUCGCUCUGUCAUCAGGAACACCUGGGGCAGAGAAAGGCUGGUGAGAGGGAAACGCAUCAACACCCUCUUCCUCCUGGGGGCCGGCCCCAAGAAGCACAUAGCAGGAGAGGUGUCCCAGGAAGGCCAUCUUCACCGAGACAUCAUCCAGAAGGACUUUGUGGACACGUACUACAACCUGACCCUGAAGACGCUGAUGGGCAUGGAGUGGGUCCAUCGCUUCUGUCCCCAGGCGGCUUUCGUGAUGAAGACAGACACGGACAUGUUUGUGAACGUCUAUUACCUGACCGACCUGCUUCUGCAGAAGAACAGGGCCGCCCAGUUCUUCACGGGCUUCUUAAAGAUGAACGAAUUCCCCAUCAGGAAGAAAUACAACAAGUGGUUCGUGAGCAAGUUCGAGUACCCGUGGGACAAGUACCCCCCCUUCUGCUCGGGCACCGGCUACGUCUUCUCCAGCGACAUCGCCAGGCUGGUCUACAACGUGUCCGAGAGCGUCCCCUUCCUGAAGCUGGAGGAUGUCUUCGUGGGGCUCUGCCUGGCCCGGCUGGGGGUCCGGCCGCAGCCCCUGCACACGGAGCAGACCUUCUUCCCCGAGGGGCUGUCUUUCUCCCCGUGCCGCUUCAGGAAGGUGGUGGCCUGUCACUUCGUCAGGCCGCAGGACCUGUUGAGCUACUGGCAUGCUCUGGAGCGCUCCCUGGGAGACGCCUGCCCUGGGGCCUGAAGGCACCCAGACGCACCCCAAGGUGGCUUCUGCAGCAUGUGCGGUGGUCCCUGGCACCCACGGGGGACGGGCAGGAGGGAGGGGCAAGGAGGCUGCUCUCCCGUGGGAUCCAGAUCUGAGCCGAGUGGGAGACCCAGGGAGAGUGGGGGCUUCAUGCCCACUGGGGGCCGUCUCCUGGGUGUCUGUGCCUCACCCACACCUGCAAUCUCUCUCUCUCUCUCUUGUACUUUCUCUGCCAUCAGGGUUACAACUGGGCUCAGUCCCUGAAUGACUCCACCAUGCUCAAUGCCCACUUUUUUUCCUUUAAUAUCUUUUUAAAAAAUCUUUUUAUUUAUAUUAUUGGAUAGAGACAGAGAGGAAUUGAGAGGAAAGGGUGAAAUAGAGAGGGAGAGAGACAGAGAGACACCUACAGCCCUGCAUAAUCAGUUGUGAUGCUUCCCCUGGUGGGAGCCAGGGACUCGAACCCGGGUCCUUAUACUUGUAAUGUGUGUGCUCAACCAGGUGCACCACCACUCAGUCCCUGAGGGCCAACUCUUAGAGAGUGGGAGAUAGAUAAAGAGAGAGGAAAGAGGAGAAGGAGAUACCCCUGUAGCACCGCUCUACCUCUUGUGAAGCUCGCCCCUGCAUGUGGGGACUGAGGGCUUGAACUCAGGUCCCUGGGUGAGGCAACCUGUGAGCAGUACCAGGUAACCCUCACCUGCCUCUUUCCUUUUCACUGUCAGUGUCUUUCAGGACAAAGCCACUUUUCACUACAAAUCCACUGUUCACUUUUUCCUUCUUUUUUUUUAAUUCUGUUUUUUUAAUUGGAUAGGACAGAAAAACUUGAGAAGGGAGGGGAGUGAGAGAGUGACAAAUAGACAACUGAACACCUCCUCCACUGCUCAGGAAGCAUCCCCACUGCAGGUGGUGAGCAGAGGUUUGAACUCAGAUCCUAGAGAACGGUAAUAUGUGUGCUUAACCAGGUGUGCGACCACCACCACCACCCCAGGCCUGAGAGAUCUGAACCCCUUCCACUACUUUCUGGUUGUUGUUGCCUCUGCAGCCUUGUUCUUCUGGGUGGAUCAUUUCUGAUAGAAAGAGACAGAGACAGAGAAACAGGAGGGGGAGAUAGCACUGCACUGCAGCUUCUUCCAUUAGCAGGGAGGGCUGUGCAGGCUCACCUCAGGUUAAGGGCAGGGCAAGGCAGGGGCGCUCCCCAGCGAGAUGUCUCCCCAGCCCCUCCCUCCCUCCCUCCUCCACACCCGGGAGGGAGAGCUCACCUGUGCUGUUGCCUGUGCGUUUACCUAUUUUUUUUAACAAUGUUGAUAUCAGAGGUUUGAACUCAGACCCUAGAGAAUAGUAACGUGUGUUAAAAAUUUUUAACAAUGUUCAUAUCAGAUGUAGUGUUAAAUGUACAUUAGCUUCAAGUUCAAAAUCAACAUUCUUUUAUUUUAUUAUUGGAAGGGUAACGGUUUACAGGAUAGUGGUUGGCACAUGGGUACAAGAGAAGAGAAGAAAGAAAGAAAACAUGACCACCAGGAGCAGUAGAUUCAUAGUGUUGGCACGAA